UCGUCCGGCAUCGGGAGCGCGCGCGGGGCCGCUGCCGGCCCGCCGUUGCCGGGCUGGGGGAACCCCCCCGAGCCGUGCUCGGUCCCGGCGCCCCGGGAGGGCGCUCCGCUGCGUGCGAGGCCGGGCAGGCGGCGGGAGACGCGAAAGCUGCGCCGGCGUCCCCGUUAUCCCCAGGGGCGGGCGGGAGGACGCCCCGUCCCGGCCGAGAGAUAGCGCCGGCCGGCCGGCGGGGAGGGCCGGGCGUUCCUGCCGAGCGCCGCCGGCCCCGGGAAGCGCUGCGGAGUGCCGGGCCGCGCUGCCCGCCGCCGGCGGGGCACGGGAGCACCGCCGAGGCUCUUCCCAGGGGACAGGGCAGGAAGGUCGGGCAGGAAGUCCACUGCUGUUAGCUGGCAGCGAAGGUGAAGAAGGGCAGGCCAGUGUCUCUUCCAUGGUGCUCUGAGGGAGGUUUUCCCUGGGAGUGGAGUAGCUGUUGCUUCCAUCCUGCUUCAGGACCUUCUGCAGCCCUGUGAUUGCUGAUACGUGCUUGACAGUCUCAAGGGGUCCUGGCAAGAUGGCAUCUUCCAGACUUCCCAUCCUUAUAGCAUUGGCGUUUUCCUCUUUGCCCUUUGUUCUUUCACACUCAAACAGGGAAAUGUGGUUUCAGGAUUUCUUUCCACCUAAUGUGUGCCCUAUAAAUGCCAAAGCAAACACUUUUUAUGGCAUCAUGUUUGACGCAGGAAGCACUGGAACCCGUAUUCAUAUUUACACCUUUGUGCAGAAGAGCCCAGAAAACCUUCCAGAGGUGGAAGGGGAAAUCUUUGAGUCUGUGAAGCCAGGUCUGUCUGCAUAUGCUGAUCAACCUGAAAAGGGUGCUGAAACUGUCAAAACAUUGCUGGACAUGGCUGUAGAUGCUGUGCCACCUCAUCUCUGGAAAAAGACCCCAGUAGUGUUAAAAGCCACAGCUGGACUUCGCUUGCUGUCGGAGGAGAAAGCUCAGGCUCUGCUUUCAGAGGUGAAAGAAGUCUUUGAGGAGUCACCAUUCCUUGUUCCAGAGGACAGUGUUGGCAUCAUGGAUGGAUCUCAUGAAGGAAUUUUAGCUUGGAUCACUGUCAACUUUUUGACAGGGCAGCUGUCUGGCCAGAACCAGCAAACUGUUGGGAUUCUGGACUUGGGAGGAGCCUCAACCCAAAUCACAUUCCUGCCACGGUUUGAGGAAACUCUGAAGGAAACCCCUGAGGAUUUUCUUACCUCAUUUGAAAUGUUUAAUAGCACGUACAAGCUCUAUACCCACAGCUAUUUGGGGUUUGGGCUAAAAGCUGCAAGACUGGCAACGCUUGGAGCUUUGAACAUGGAAGUUGUGGAUGGACAAAUGUUCCGCAGUUCUUGUUUGCCUAAGCAGCUGGAGGCAGAGUGGCACUUCGGGGGAGUGAAAUAUCAGUAUGGUGGCAACAAAGAAGGAGAAACAGGAUUUAAGCCUUGCUACUUGGAAGUACUCAAGGUUGUCAAAGGCAAACUUCACCAACCAGAUGAGAUUCGUGGAAGUUCCUUCUAUGCUUUCUCCUAUUACUAUGAUCGAGCAGCUGACACCAACCUAAUUGAUUAUGAACGCGGAGGUGUUUUGAAAGUAAGAGAUUUUGAAAGAAAAGCCAAAGAAGUCUGUGAUAACAUGGAGAGGUACAACUCAGCCAGUCCUUUCCUCUGCAUGGAUCUCACUUACAUCACUGCUUUAUUAAAGGAAGGUUUUGGAUUUAGGGACGACACAGUCUUAAAGUUGACAAAGAAAGUAAACAACAUAGAGACAAGCUGGACUUUGGGUGCUACCUUUUACCUGCUGCAGUCUCUGGGGAUGAGUUAUUGACUUGUGAUACUCCUGUGGACUUUAGCAUUUCUGAAAAUGCUGAGAAAGUAAAUUGCAAUCUCCAGGUAUGGUGUUCAGCUGGGACUGGUCACAGAACAGAACAUGGACCAAAAAUAUACGACAGCUCUUUACCCUGGAUUGGCAUUGUGCCUAGUGAGAGUAUGAUUUAUAACUGUGAUUGCCAUAAAUGAUCCAGAAUCUGCCUUAAGAAAGUCAAAAGGUCUAAACUCCAGCAGAGAAUAAGCAAGGGGCUCAAAACCAGCUUUCACCAGCAAGUUUGUUAGAAGCACAGAGUUCCUGGAUGUGGCGGCAGACUACAGACCCAUAACUUCCCCUACCCCCUUCUAUUUUAAACACACAUAACUUCAGUUUGCUUGUGAGAUGUUAAAUAAGAAAUUAGAAAUAGCAUCAACAGUGAUGCAGAGAAAAGUGAGCAACUCUGGAUGCUGCCAACCUCAGUAUUCCAAAAAUCCAGCUGCUAGCUUAGGAAAUACAUGGCAAGAGUAUUCCAGUCUUUCAAGAAGGGCUUGCUAUAAGUACACUUUGGGCAUGGUUUUGGGAAAAGUGUUGGCUAAAACAUAGUAAUUUACCAAGCAUUUUUUUAGGCAGUGGGCAUUUCCUAAUCAGAAUGUGUGCCUGUGUUUCAGUUUUGCUGCUCUUUCCAAGUCUGUGCAGCUACACCAUACAUCUGACUACCAGACUUGAUAAAUUUAUUCAUUUUGCAUGUAGUCAUAACACAUAGUUGUGCUGGCACAACGAGGCAGCAGUGCCAGCUAUUGAAACUCAACUGCCAGAAGAAGAGCUUGUCACAUUCCACCCACAAGGAGAUUGCAGUCAGAUGAAAUGGCUGAUCUGACAGCUCACAUUGCUAUGAGAGCCCGUUCUGUCUCUCUGCUCUCACCAAGGCACACCCAUACCCUUCUUCCCUCUGCUGCUGCUCGAGUUCUUGUAUGAACUGAUUCAGGACACCUGAGCUGAGGUGGUGCUCACCCAAGAGCCAAGUCUGGUGCUAUCCCAAGGACAGCAGGCAUGGCACAGCCCAGCAGGACCUGCUGGGCCAGGGAGCAGUCUGAGCACCACAGUCCCUUUUGCUGGAGUGAGCUCUAAGGUGUGGCCUCCCAUUCGAAACCCAUCCAUUGCCCUAAGCAAAAACAGCUGUAGAGACUUCUUCCACCCCAUGAAAUAACUGGCAGCUUGCUACUGUUUUCACCUCCUCAAGAAAUGUGUUAAGUACAGGUGAAUUUACCCCAUCACAACAAAGAGGUGUCACUCAAGUGACUAAGGGAAACUUCUGGCCACUGAUGUCUUGUAAUGAACAUUUCCCUGGUGGGCAGUUGCAGUUAUCCAACCGUCCCAGCUGCAGUUGCUCUAAAACACCUUUCUGUCAAACCAAAGACUGCCCUUACGCUGCCUUCUCUGCAAACUGGAUUUGAAAAUAAUUGGUAAUUCCCGGCAAGGGGAGGACGUAGUGCACUCAUGUUUUCAGUGGUCUUGCCAAACAGUUUGGAGACUUAGAAAUUUGCCUUACUGUGAACAUUAAUCCUUUCCUCUAGGUAGCAGUGCAAGUUUGCCUGUGGCUGAUUAAGCUACUGCUUCUCAUAUCUCAGGUUUUACAGCACGAGGGUGCAAGGCAUGCUUUUGAUUGAACAAGUUCAGUCAGCAACAAGAAGCCAAGGGUUGUGGAUGGAGCCAUCCAUACUUAUCUCAUCACUGACGCUUUACCAUAAAUUCAGUCUGCUGUUUAGAAACAGGAAAUGCUCAUCCUACAUGUGUACUCCGUAGCAGAAUCUGUUUGAGAUCCACAGUGAGAAAUUCCUGUGUCACACCAAAGUUCUGUUCCUUCCUCUCUAGAAGUUUCUGUGUGAAUAUGAAGAAAUUGUAGCCUCUUCUCAACCAUAAACAUUUCUUAUUCCUCUUCCUACUGUUAGCAAAACUUCAUAUAUGGUCUGGUCUGCAGAACAAGGUGACUGCAAAUGCAUUCAUUUUGGCUUCAGUGAACACUUCUGUAUUCUCAGAAAACAUGAAGUAGGAUGCAGUGGUUACUGACCAGGCUGCAUUAUCCUGAGAACAAGCUAAUUUAAUAAUCCAGAAAUCAUCCUUCAGUCUGAGCCAGUGCUAUGACAAACUCUUACUGGAUCUUGGGGCUAAGAGCUGGCAGCAGUGAGGCUGUGUUUUGAAGGUGGGAUGCUCUACCUAAGGGAGAAGCAGCAGCAUUGUCUGCCCCCUGAAAACACACUAGCCCUGAGGAGGGCUCAAGGGUUGGGUUUUGUCUGAAGCAAGGAGGGGCUUGAAGAAGGGUACCAUGCAGAGGAAGUUGUUUUUUCUGCAUUCUUUUCCUCAGACUCUGGUACUACAAAUGCUAGGGGGGAAGCAUCUGCUUCCCAGUACCAAAGUUGCAUUUAAUCUGAAUGCUCAGGGCCUUCAUUUGUCAGUGGCACAAUUCAUUAACUGAAGCAGAACUUCUGCUCUCUGUUACUAGCAUGAUCCUUCAGUUAUGGGAGAAACAAGAACUCUAUUAAAAGGUUUAUUUUUGCAAGAAAUUGCGGAAUUGAGCCCCUGCUGUUUACAUCUGAACCCAAGUGGGUGGGGGGAUCUGGACAACCCAGUCAAGUCCUCACACUUACCCUAGUGCAAUGAGAUAAUUUAUUAGCUAAACUAAAGAACAAGCAGCCUUUUAAGAGAAGAGCUCUACUUGCAGCCCUGAUUUUUAUCUCCUCCUUUGUAAUGUCUUUGAGCCAGCCACUAACAAGAACUGCCUAAUAUGAGUGACUGCAGAAGCACAAGUAAUGGCUUUCACUUCAAAACUUACAUUUCAUUCUUUCUGAUCUUAAUUUCUGAUACUGGUCACCCAUAUGUGUAAAUCUUGUCCAUGGGCAGUGUUUAGUUUAAUUUUGUGAGUGGCAAAUGUCUAAUGCAAGAGGCUGGUGUUUGGAACCGAAGACAGAAUAUCUUGAAUUGUCUAUUUUAGUAAUUAAAGCAUUUUUAACAAUA